AACCACGUUGGAUCACGUAAACAUAAAAAGUGCUCCUCGAUCAAUUUGACUCACUACAUUUGUUCUUAUUAUCUUCGGUCUCAGUAUCGAAACACCAUCAAAUCAAGCCGGCGGCCAUCUAUAUUGCAACAUACUCUCCCAAUCAGAACGUACUUGCAUUGUCCACCAAUCUUAAAGUUCAGUAACCAAUUGAAACUUCUUCGCACAGAAGCAGAGUCCGCACUGAUUCAUACCACUAUUGUGAAAGACCACAUCACAGAUAGUUGAAGUCACCGCUUGAAUUCCAUUUGAACACACCGACUACUGAUCAGACAAUCUUGACUUAUCCCUGUCUGUCAUCGGUGUCCCGCCCUGCAUUACCCGAAAUGGCAUCUCAAUGCUCUUCUCUCAGGGACGCACCAAGGGUUCCGGAGUUGUCAAUGCUGUCUAUCAACGUGUUCUACGCUCAGAAGGAUACAAAUAUAAAGCGAUGUAGAAGUAAUUGUCGAAGCAUUGAAGUCGACAUUUUCUAUCCUUUGGACUACAAUUUUUCAGAAAAUCCAAGUACAGACAUGGAAUCGGGAGAAAUCAUGGAUGGGAAAUAUCCUUGUCUCAGCUCUGCAGAUGCACUAACUCCAUUCGAACAUUCAUCACAUGAAUUCUCCUCCUCGCCAAUUACCUCGACGUCAGGAAAAUCACAUUUUCCUUUCCUCUCUCUACCAAUAGAAAUCCGCCUGAAAAUCUAUCUCCUCCUCCUUCCACCCCGCCACCACAAAAUCACUACUCAAAUCCCCCAUAAUGGAUACUAUUUUCCACCCACAUGCAUUCCUGCUCGCGCUGCUCAAUCAUUUUACCCCAUAUCCCCAGACAACCCCGAAAGACUCACCACCUACAAAAUCCUCUCCGCUAAUUCUCACGUCGACUUCCCAAAUCCGAGUAUCCAUACGCGUAUUUUAAGUGUAUGUCAAAAAAUUCAAGAAGAAGCCGAGGAAGUACUUUAUGGAAAUGAAAAUAGUAUUUGGGACUUCGGUAUGAAUAUCGAAGCGGUAAAUACUUUUUGGAGUGAUCGAAGUCAGGUUGCUCGGGCAUGGGUUAGAAAUUUGAAGAUUGCGAGGGAAAUCUCGGAAUUGAAGAUUUUUCUUGGUAUUGAUGUGAUAUGGGAGAAUUUAUGUGAACUCAUCACUCGCGAAUUCUCGGGACUGAGAUGCCUGGAUUUAACGGUUUGGGGAGGUACGGGCGAGAAAAGUUUUCUGGAGAAUCUUUAUUCUUCCGAUACGAUGCAAUCGUUCUCGUUGGGUGAUGAUGAUGAAGGGAAGAGAUCGAUAGGGAAUCUGAGAAAUAGACGGAAUCUUCACGAGUGGGAUUACACCAGAAAGUUACUUGCGCAUGAGGGAUUCAGGAGUGCAAAGGUUACGUGGUGGGAAUUUAGAACUGGGGCUAAAACUUUCAUGGCAAAGUGGAUGUUAGAGAAUCGUUUGUGGACUGAGGAUAUGAUUAGAGAGGGGGCUGUGGUUCAAGAUGUGGUUAUUUGGAAUAGUGGGAAGUUUUGAUCUUGGGAGUUGGGAUUUGGGAGUUGGACUUAGGUGUUGAGAUGAAAUGAAAAGAGAUGAGAAGAACUAGUUAAUGUAUGAAUGGAGAAUUAGACUGGAAUCUGAGAAUAUACUAUAAUAU